ACGCAUGCAGUUGGCGUGAAGGUCAAACUAUUAUUAAUGACAAGGACAUUGGCUUUAUGUAUAGAGUGCUCUAUAGAGUGCUCUAGUGUGAUUCAUCCACCUGCUUAAUAUGCACAAGUUGUAGUGCACAAGUGGGCAAAGGUUUGCAGCAUGUUCGCAACCAAAUAUGGGGUUAAACUUGCUGAACACUGAGUAAAUAGGCAGCAUGUACUGAUGGACAUGUGAUCAUUUUGUUUAGUAUUUGAAGAAGACCGAGGCUGAACUAUCGCAAGUGAAUAUCACAGCUGGUAAAACUGUGUACAGGUGUACACGUUUGUGGCAAGUCUGCUGGUGCUAGUACAACUUAUGCUAGUUUUUAAUUCGCCAUGUCCAGCUUCCUGGUUGUGGACAGGCUAAUCGUGGACACCCAGUCCACUGGCCAGUGUUGUAUUGAGUUGUGCCAGGGGGAUAUCACUCAGUUGGACGUUAAGGACAAGGUCGAUGUCCUCUGUGUGUCAGUUUUUGGAAGUAGCUACUCCCCAUCGUCCCACACUUUGGUUGGUGCCUUGAAUAAAAAACUGAAUCUGAGUGUCAAGCGAUUGGCCAAGGAUAAAGAAGAAGACCUGCGUCAUGCUUACAUGUGCUGGUGGUCCAAACCGCUGCCAGAGAACCUGCCUUUUAGAAAACUGCUUUGUUUUGAAAACAGGGGUAGAUUGUUUCGCCCCCAAGAGCUGGUAGCCAAUGUCUUUCGUUGCCUGGUGCCCAUCCUCAACAAUGAACCAGGAACUGUCAUUUCUCCACUACUCAACACAGGAGGACAGGGCCGUGAUGAAGCCACCAUGCUGGUGGGAAUGGUGGAAGCCGCCAUCAAAUGGAUGAAGGCCGGCCUGCCUUUGAAACAACUCAAGAUUGUGCUGUACGCCAACGUCAUCAAGGGAAAAGUGAUCACCGUGCACAUGCGAGAUCAAGAGGGGAUCAUGAAGGCUUUCAGGGAUCUGAAGAAGAAACACAACAGGCAAAUAUUCAUUCCAAUGGCCGUGCCUCUUGAGUAUGACAUCUACCUGUCUCACAGUGCAGCGGAUGGCCAGAUUGCAUCGAUGGUUGAGACCAAGUUCCGAGCCUCCAAGCCAGACAUAAGGAUCUACAAGAGCGAAGAGGUCCCCGUUGAGAAUGCAGAAGAUAAAGCAGAGACAGAAGGCUCCUUCUGGCAGGAGGACCUGUUCAAGAUUAUGUCGAGAUGUGCUCGAGUGGUCCCAAUUCUAAGCCCUGCGUUUCUUGAGAGCAAGGCUUGCGUAGACCUGUACAACAUGGCCCUGUGUUGUAACAGGAGAGCUCAGCGGGACUUGCUGGCCCCACUCUACAUAGAGAAGAUUGAAGAUAUGCCGACCUACAUGGGACUAGUACAGUACAUCGACUGCAGUCCGAAGGAUGAAGCUAAGAUCAGUGAGGGCUGUGAACAUUUGGUUCAGUCUCUGGCGCAUUCCAGCAUGAAAGUCCAUACCGAGAUGGUGAUUGCUGACACCUCGCCACUGCAUUAUGAUGUCUUUGUGUCAUACAGUCAUCAGGAUUCCAGGCUAGCUGCCCCAAUUGUUGAGAAGCUGCAGAAGAUGAAUCCAGAGCUUCGCAUCUUCUUCGACAUACAGGAGCUUAAAGCUGGCACGGCAUGGCAGAAGAUGUUGUAUCAUGCCAUAGAUGGCUGUCGUUCCUUCAUGGCGUUGGUCUCUAAUAGCUACAUGAAGUCGGCCAUGUGCAUCGAGGAAUUCAACUUGGCUCUAGCAAAACACUGUUCAUCGGAUUCUCGGCUGUGCCUGGUCCCAGUCUGCAUUGAACCUCUUGUGGACCCGUUACCAGAGUUCCAGCAGGUGAAACUGAUCAAUGCCACGCCUGAUGUUUUUGACCCAGCUGUGGAAAUCAUCUGUAACUCUCUAGUUGACUGGAUUGCUGGACGGGACUGGAGCCCACUGCUUGAUUCCAUCUUCAGGAAAAAGAUGAGGAAGACAGUGGAUGCUUCAGAGUAUGCCAUGGAGCGCAGACGACUUGAGUUCACCCUCAAAUAUGGCAAGGGAGAGAAGAUACUUAAACGAGAUGAUGUGACAUAUCCUCCAUCAUUGCAAGGUGUGUAUUCCCCGAGCCCGCUUGCUGAUGACACAAAUACCAAUGACAAACCUUGUGAUGUGGCUUUCAGCUGUUCACCGGAGGACAAAAAGUUUGUCAAUUAUAUGACCAAGAUCCUUCGCAAGGUCAGCCCCGGGCUUGUCAUCAAAGAGACCGCAGACACUGAGAACGAACGCCUGGCUCUAAUGGAAUCUGCUCGGAAGGUAGUGGUCUUCCUCUCUGCCAAUUACUUAGAGUCUGUGCAGCAGGUGGAGGAGUUCCACACAGUCCUCCUGAGGCAGAGGUACCGGAGUCCCACGCAGGUUCUCUUCCCAAUUAUCCUUCACAACCUGCCUCAGCUUCCGACUUACUUCCACCUGGUUCCCUGCGAGUUCAAUCUCUUUGAUCCCAUGUGGAUGGACUUGUACACCAAGUACUUGAUCAUCAAAGACUUGCGGAAAAUGGACCAAGUGCAUCUUAGUCACGAGUUGGAGAGGUCGGAAUCCAUUGCAGUUAUUGCAGCCACUCACAGUCUCCUUGGCCAACUCAAAACUGAAAGCGAGUUACCGCCAGCAGCCAAGACCAGUCAGGAACCGAUGCUGCUCAAUGUCAUGCUCCUUAGCUCAGAAGUCUCCAGACUGCACAAGAAAGUGAGGAAUGUUGAUGAGGUGGAUGCAGAUAAGUUUGGCAACGUCAGUAAUGAAGGCAAUGCAGAUGCUGGAUCGUUGGAAGAUUUUCUACUGAAUAUUGUUGAACUGCCAUUAGCCACCGAGGACCUUGCAACUGGAGCAAGUGAUGCCGGGAUAAGUAGUGUCUCAGAUCUUGAGAGCACCUCGCCUGACACUCAGGCAAGAGAUGGAGAUGAAGCUGUCUCGAUUCACGAAUUUACACAAACCCCACAGACUGCGAUGUCAAGCACAGAGGCUAAAUCUAAGAAUGGGAAUAACUCCAAUGAUCGUUAUUUCCCUGAUAAAAAUCCUGACAUUACUGUGAAUUCCAAGGAACAGUCUAUGAACGAAAGCCAUACAAAGAAUGGAGAGAUGGAAGACAUUUCGCCCAUUGAUGAGCCUUUAGUAGGCCUAGAUGGACAGCCCCAAGUAAACAAUGCAGGAAAGAAUGAGGAUCAGUCACAGCAAGAUUUCCAAAGUAGAGUUGAACCUUCUUCUGAAAGUGCUACAAAUAUUGGAUCAUCAAUGCCCAUCAAACAUACAGAUGACGUAUCAGUAAAGCCUGCCUCUGCAUCUGAGCAAGGACCACCGAAUGAAGGGAGUAACACAACUCACCUCAGCGCACCAUCUUCCUCUCGAGGCAAUGAAAAGGACGGGCUGGAUGCUGUCUCCAGUCAAGAAGAAGCAGAUGACGGCACUCCAGUUGAUGGGCCGUAUGUCUUACAUCAGAAGACACAGUCACCCAGUCUUGGGGCUCAAUCUGCUGAAUCGACUCCAGUACCGAGUACAUCGUGGUGUAAUACACUCUAGUUUAUUAAACCGAAAAAAAAUCUAUAAUGUUGAAUGGUAUGACUCUGAUACAUUGAACGAUUUAUUAAAGAGUAUAGUUGAAACAUACUUUGGCUUCAGAAUGCAAUAUGAUUGUUGGGCGCAAUCGGUGGUUGUGCAAAAUUGGUCGAUCUCGGUGCGCUAUCAGUCGGUCACGCUGCAAUCAGUCGAACAUCUUUUCUUUCUAAGUCACGGCUCUGGAGGAUUUUUUUAAAGGUAAAAGUCAAAGAAACCGAUAGUGCACCACGAUCGACCAAUCGCGCAGAUCAACCAAUUGUGCCCAACAUGAUUAUAUGAUAGUGAGCUACACCCAGCACCGGGCCUGUGACGCUAGACAUACUCUUUUCCCCCCGAAUCGUUUCUUUUGUCUGUCGUACUGGGCCUAAUACAUAUAUGUAUGUCGGUGCUACCACAUAAGUCAUUAUACAAAAAUCUCCAUCGCAAUAUUUGGGCCAUAAUGAUUAUGAAAUAUCGGUAAGUUACAAAACUUCAAAGAUGGACUAGUUUUAAAGGUAAUUGUUACUUGGGCCUGAUUUCAGCCACCAGAUGGAAUUAAGUCUACAUUAAGGCAAUCAUUACUAAAAUUGACAAAGUAAAGUAAAUUACCUGGGACUGCCUUCAUUAUUUUUAUACUAAAAUUCAAACUAAAAGUAAUAAGCACUUUUACGGUAAUGUGCGCCAUUUUGCUGAUGCCAAAUUUACAUGCGUUGCUGAGUACGCAUCGUCACUCGAAAACUUUUGCGCUUCCAAGUCAUCAUGCGUUCAUUCCGAAAUGCGCCCGUGUUUAGCAACGGGUCUUUGCCCCGUGGACAAGAUGGCGCACAUUACUGUGAAACUGCUAAAAAAUACUCUGAAUCUGAUUUAAUUGCCUAGUCUAUUUACACAGCCAAAACACACAGCCAGAUAGCCAGAGCAAGGGCUCGGCAAUAGCGCUAUUAUUAAUAUUACACAAGCAAUUCCUUUUUCUUGUUUAAAUAGUCACAAGAAAGGUCAUACAUCACGUAGAAGUUUCACCUUGGGCCUAAUUAAAUUAGUGGAUGUUUAUUUUAAUAUGUUAUUGAAGAAUUUAUUCCGAAAAGUCAAUAUUUCACAAACUUACCUGUGACUGGCUGGAGUAACCAUGCCCAGCCACAAACAAACACCUCCUGAUGCCCUGCAACUUUUGAAACUAUGCACAUGUAGUUCAUGCCCUGACCUUUGGCCGUGUGUGGUCAACUAAUUAUUCAGCAGGAUUUCCCAAGCGUUCUCAACAUGAACUAUACGGUCACAAGUAUUGGAAUUAAGGCCGAGCCGACCGUGCUGCUUCUUUCAAAGAUUUCACAGGUAAUUUUGCUCAUUUGUUGUUCAUUUUGCCAUUCAGUUUUCCUUCAAAAUUGUAAUAAUUCUGAAUAAUACUUCGUAGAGCUGGUCUCACAUUUUCACUGGCACCAUUAUUACGAUAGUCGUGGGAUAUUUUGAGUACAUUGAAAGUGAGGAUUUUUUUGUACAUUUCGCUAAAUGCCGGAGCAAGCGGCAAGCGGCAAGCGGCUUUCGUUUGUUGAACAAGACGUAUGUUGAGGGCGGUAUGACAAUAUAUGAGAGGAACUUUUGGUUUUAGGAAUUACUUUGUCUGACGCUUUAUAAUUAAGUCCUUGAUAAAACAGUAAAUAUCCGAGAUCGACAAUAUCCCGUUAUUUCGUGCCUUCCUUUUUGUUUGCGAUUCGUAAAUGUACUUGUAUCUUGAUUGUAUCUUGCUUGUUAUUGAGCCUUUCAAGGUCGAGUUGAAUCCUAGGGCUUGCAUGACCUUCCCGCAAAAUCAUGGUCAGAACUUAUCGGAUAUUAACUUAGAGGGGGCACGUGCAUGGUUGCAUGCAAAGUAGAAGUAAGAGAAAACAACAGUAGUUGAUGAGAUAAUUGAUAAUUACUAUAGGCCCAUGUUGGAGUGAGUUUACAGCUGUGGAAUUUCCAAAUAUUAUUAAGACUGCUUUUAUAAGAACCGGUAGAUGGAGCUUCAAGUUGAAGGAUAAUCUCGUUGAAGUGAUAAAGUAUAAUAUAUUUGUUUGGAAGUGCCUUUGUUUUCAUUGGGAGUUUGGCUCCAAAGUACUGGCCUUGUUAUUUGUAUUGUUUGUUUGUCACACUGUGCCGUGGAAUUUGUAAAAUUGCCCUUUUCAGUGUAACAUUCACUAACCCAAGGUUUGCUAUAUACAAUGUUAUAUUCAAUUCUAUUCAAAUUACUUUAUUUAUCAUUCAAAAGGCAACUACAUAAUUGCUGGACAGCCUACUAUUAAACAAACUCAAAAUAAUUAAUAGUCAACUAAAUAUAUAAAAUUUUUAAAGAACUGCAUUGUACAAACUAUACAAUUAUAGAUUUCAAAUUGAUGUAAAAAAUUCUAAAAUAAUAUCAUUUCACCUUAAAUACGAUGAUGAAUGUACCCGAUGACAAAUGAAAUGACAAGUAAAAUGAUGGACCUUUGACAAUGCAAAUAUCA